GAGAGGACGAGGAGUCUGCGGGGGUCACUUCCUCUCACAGGAAGCUCAGCUCCGGACAUCAUUUCUAGGUUAUUAGGAUGAAUGUUUUUCAGACAGAACUCAUUCCUCAUAGAUCUUUCGAUAUUUUCUUCCAUAAUGUAAUUUAAAAUAUACACCCCGUCUUUUCAGACUUUGGCCUUUUUUCUUUUGUCUUGUGAUCACUCCGCCGUGUUUCUGCCUCACAGUCAUACGGGAUGUGGUACAGAAGUGAAUUAGAGGAUGGAUACGAAACUAAUAAAACAGGCUCCAGUGGGGGGGGCUCUCCAGGAUGGGUCCCUGGGAGCGGUGUCUGUGGGGGCCGGCGGCACAGCACCGUGUCCGACAGCGGGGACACCGGGAUCGGGACCUACUGCUCCAACAGCGUGGAAGAUGACUCCAGUUCCAGUACCACACCGUUGUCUUUUCAGCCGCUCACGUUGCAGCAUCUCGUGAGUCAGGAUGAAGGGUCCGUCCCCCUGGUCCACGUCAUGCUGUCCCCAUCCUCCUCCCCGUACACCGGCUAUAGUACGCCAGCCUCCACCAGCAGCAGCACCGGGCGCUGGAGCAGAUCCUGCCAGCUACUGACCCCCGCCGUGACCCUGCCGGGGGUCUCUCUGGACAUGAAGGACCACCAGCCCCUGCGGAGGUGCUCCUCUCUCACCAAGCUGCCCUCUGGGGCGGACAGAAGCUCCAGCAAGACAUCAGGCCUUCAGUACAACCCCCAAGGCUCCCUGGACCGAGGACUGCCACAUGGGUACAGGAAGGAGCCCCUCGGUUCUAACGUGGAUCUUUACCUCCCCUUAUCUUCCUCCUUGCUCUACCACAGCCUCCUGCAGCGCUCCCCGGGGGCCGGGCCCUGCUACCGCUACAACCACAGCAGUAGAUCCAGUGGUUUGGAAAAGAACCGGUCCGUGCCCUCGAGUCCAUCCUCAUCGGUGAAACGCAACAGUUUGGACAUGAACUACAGCGCCUUGCCGGAAUCUAAAGUGGCUCGGGGGGGGGCACAGCUCUAUGGCCUCAGCUUACCCAAACCAGCUGACCCAGCACUGAAGGAUCAUCAGACCGACAGAGGGUCCCCCAUCCAGCCGGCGGUCCGCACCCAGAUGUGGCUCGCUGAGCAGAUGGAGUACAGGCCCAAAGUAGAGGGUGGAGGUCAACUGGGUCCGAUUGGUGCUGCUGGAACAGAGGGCUGUGGAGAUGGGCCAUCGCCAUGUCAACAGGAACCAGGGCUUCACCAGGUGCUGAUGGGGACCUCUCUUCCUGUACACACUUUGGUGAAGGUGAAAGAGGGGCUGCUGAGACAGAGAGAGCUGGAGAUAGAGAGACAGAAGCAGCAGAUCCUGCAGCUCCAUGCCCGGAUCAGAGAGAACGAGCUGAGAGCAGAGCAGGUGCUGCACAGCCAGAGGGUGUGGCUGGAUGACCCCCCCUUCCAAAAGGAAUCAGCGUUGAGAACAUGCAAACAGCCCUCUGAUAGGCUGUACUGCGAUGAGGAGCUGGGGAGGAAGCUGGCGGUGGCUGAGCUGGAGGUUCUCCAUCUGAGCGAGUUCUUCAAGCAGGUCAACCACAAAUAUACAGAGGACAUCAGGAAACUGGAGGAGAAGAUAAAGACGAGGGAUCGCUACAUCAGCAGUCUGAAAAAGAAAUGUCAGCGAGAGAGCGAACAGAUCCGAGAGAAACAGCAACGCAUCGAAACUCUGGAGAAAUACCUCUCUGACCUGCCGACGCUGGACGAGGUGCAGACCCAGAGCCAGCAGCAGGAGGCGGUCCAGCAGAAGGCCAAACAUCUGGAGAGAACGGCCUCCCGGUUACAGCAGAGCCUAGAGGAAGGGUACGCUCUGAUGAAGGAGAAGGACUUCAGGAUGGAGAUGCAGGCCAUGAGGGAGAAGGAGCUGAUCGCAUCGGUGCAAAGCCUGCAGCAGAAGGUUCAGCUCUGCCUGGCUGACGGGGUGAGGCUGCCCAUGCAGGACCUGAAGCGGCUGGAUGUGGAGAACACUGACCUGCUGGAGCAGAAGGACCACAGCAGCAGGCUGAUCGAGCAACAGAAGGAACGGAUUGAGAGACUGACCUCUCAGCUAACGGCCACUCAUAUGAGACUGCAGAAGAAAAGAAGCCUUCCUCAUGAACAGGAAACAGAGGAAAGCCUGGCCCCCCCAUCCAGAGCCCCCCCACAGGUAUUUAAGGUGGGGGAUAGUGGGCUUCUGGUGGAGCUGCCUGAGGUGGAGCUGCCUGAGGUGGAGCUGCCUGAGGUGGGCCGGCUGCUGAAGGAGAUGUCCCUGUGUCUGCUGGACCUGCAGGCCCUCUGCAGCAUCCUGGCCCAGAGAGCACAGGGGAAGGAGCCCAACCUGUCCCUGCUGCUGGGCAUGAAGUCGCUGAGUGUCUCUGCGGAGGAGAGCGACAGCAGGGAGGAGGUGGAGGAGGAGCUGAGGGUGAAGCUGCUGGAGGUGGCUCGGCUGCGGGGGGACAUCGACGACCUGAGGAGGAGCAUCUCCGAGCGCUACGCCCAGGGUCAGGGGGACAGCUGCGUCUCCCAGUGACCCCCCCUGUGUCCCCCACUGUGUCCCCCCCUGUGUCCCUUCUAUCUGUCAAAUUCAUCUUUUAUUUUUUUUUGUAUUGUGUCGUAUUUGCAAAUGUACGAAGGAGGAGUCUGUUCCUAUUGCUGUACACAGCAUGCGGAAAGAAAGAAACAGAAAUGAUAUUAAAGGGAUGCAUUAUCUUUACAAUAUAUCAUUAUAUGUGUAGUAUUACCAUAUCAAUAUUACAUUUUUUUUAUAUUAAGUUUAUUGUUAAUACUGGUAUGUAAGAGGAUAUGAGCCAAAUGAGGAAUGUUGCUAUGAUUAAGAAGUGAGAUCUAAAUGAGUGAAUAUCAGUAUUAAAGCUGCCGCUUGUUGCGCUGCCUACUAGUGGCCCAAACUAUGUUAUUUAUCGAUUUAGAUCAGGGGUGUCCUAAAAUGUUUCACUGAGGGCCACAUACAGAAACGUAUAUGAAGGGCUGGACCCCUCACUAGAGGUGAGGUAUAUUGCCUCAUAAGGUCAGUUAUAAGAUAGCAAAAUCAAUCAAAUGUAGGGGCAUUAUUCUUGAUAGAAAGCUUUAAGAAAAGAACAGUCUACAUCACAGCUCUCCAUAGGGUUUCAUUUAUUUUGUUACAAAAAGUAUAUUUCAAGUGUGUUACGAGAAUAAGUUAUUGGGCUUUUUCUAUCAACUAAGAUUUGUUAGAAAAUGUUCUCAACUUUAUUGGCUGAAUUUAUUUGAAAAUUGGGCUUAUUAACACAUGAAUACUGUGUAUUUGAACAUAUAUAUUUAAGAAGUACAAUAUAGGACAAGCACAGGCAUAUUCAGAGUUAUUGUGCCUGAUCAUUAAAUAGGAAAUUGUCUAUGCACAUGUUGAAAAUACAUAUUGACAUUUGUAUUGAACACUCAGUGGAUCAUGCACCUCUCCUGCUGCUGGAUACUGAAAUGCAAUUCUAGUUAGAUAAAUCUCAUCCAUGUGAAUUUAAAGGUCUUAAUAAGCAAUAAAUGGCGCGUUCUCACCAUGAUUUGGGUUUCAAUCUGUGGUGACUCAUCAGGUGAGAGUCAGUAGUCACAUUUAUUCGUCAUGUUAUAGAUAAUGUGUCAUUAAUUGUUUCCAAUUAGCCGUCAUGCUAAUCUUGCAGCCAAAGAAGCUGAAAGAGCGAAAGUGAAGCAGCACAUGCACUUUCUGGUACUUUUAGUCUCCUAGUGCUUCAGGCCAGUUGGAAAAUUAAAUAAUUUCUCAAUGAAGCUUUAUAUAUCAAACAAACUGUAUGAUUUAUAGCUUUUAAUAUGUGUCGGUAAUAUAACUAACCGAGCCACUGGAUGGCCUGCUCCUCGACACAGGAAAUGAUUUCUGCUUGAUGUUAUUUUACUUUUACUGACAAAAUGUAUGAAUGCCAACAAUGUACGUUUAUAAGCAGUGUUGUUCCUAAAUCCUAUCUUGUUGUUUUGCUAUAUGGAGGUUUGAUCAUAUUUGUUAAUGGUAAAUAAAAGUAUUUUUCUAAA